AGAUUAUGGAACGGUGAGAAGGGCAUUGAUUAUGGGAGUUAUGAUCGAAGAUACACACGAUACCAUCUUUUUAGGUGUUUUAGGGAAAAAAAACAUCAUGGAAUUUAAAGGAUGUGGCUACAUGCAAGUUUCUUGGUUGGGUUUGGUCAUCUUCCACUGAAGAAGCUCAUUCAGGGACCCAUCGACGAGUGAAGAAAAAGCCGUACGCGUAGUGCAUACGGUUCAUAAUUCAUAUAUUGGUGACUUGCUCUUUUGGUCCUUACUUAAAGUGCGACCUCUUUUCUUUUUCUUUUGCUUUCUCGAUCUAUUUCUUCUCUUUACUAUCUCUUUAGUCUUAUUUAUCAAAAUAUAACGACAUUUUUGGGCUAUUCUUGUCAAAUAUAUAACAACAAUCUAAAGCACUAUACUCAACGUUCUCAUCUGUCAUACUUGAUAGGGAAAGUUCCACAAUUGUUACAAACCGUCCGGAUAUUCAAUAUUCGAUUUAGCAUAAAAAAACAUUCAAACCGACUAUUUAAAAGAAAAGCUUUCGAAUAACAAUGUAAAACGUGCCAAUUAAUAUGCACGGAAUGGUGUUUGUAAAUGAAUCAUGAAGUUUUGGAUACAAGAGAAAAAAGACCGUAGGAGUGCUUAACUUUUUAGAAUGUCAAAAAACAUAUAACUUUCUAGAAUGUUGAUCUUCUAUGAUAUAUCUCGUUAUGAUUUAGAUAAAUGCUAUAAUUAAAUUGGUAUAAAACAAAUGAAUGAAAUAAUAUGUAUCUAUCGAAGAACUGUCUGAAUCCAAAGAAUGGUAGUACAAAUAAAUUAUAUAUGGCUAUUUUUGUGCGUAGGAAAAAGAUGCAUCCGCCAUUGGUCUUUUAAUUUUUAAAUAAUAUAAUUUUAUCACUAAUCUUCAUUAGCAAAGACAGUUCAUAUGCACCAAAUCUUUAUGGUCCACCGUUAAUGUUGAUUGUUCAAUCUUACCUUCUACUCUGUGAGGUGAUCAAUUCGUAGUUUGUGUUAACUCCCACUAAAUCUUUGGUUUUCAGUUAUGGGGAGUUGGGCGAGUUUGAACGGCCCAUUUUAUGAGUACUGUGAUUCAACACCAACAAGUAUCCUAUUGAGGAUAGUAAAGACAUGGAACGAACCUUGUAAGUCUGGACCACGUUGGUUUCGGAUUGGUCAGCUUUUAACAUACAUGUAUUCUCUUUCUGUUUGUGAAAUGAGCUUUUUGUUUUUGUUAGUAUGAUAGAUCAUAUAGCAAACUAUAGUUAGCUGACGUAAAAUACCUGACGUUUUCUCCUGGCUACAAAUCAAAUCGUAGGUUCUUGGAAUAUCAGAAAGAAUAUGGUAUGAGAGCCUCCCAACUUACCUUUCACUAUUCUUGGCUGGCAAUUUCUUAUCAUCGCUGCUUCCCAGUCCACUCGAGGUAACGACCAACUUUUCCUACUUGCAUCUUUUUAUUAGAAAGUAAAAUAUUUAUCAAUCCAUUUGGUUACGGCUAUUCAAUGAACAAUGUGGUUCUGUUCUGAGUUCUGACAUUGGCCCGGGCCAUUCAUUGUGUCUCUCUUUAAUUAGCAACUUUCCACUUUCCAGCAACGAUGUGACCAAUAUCUACAAUCAUUUUCGGUUUUCCUCCAAGUAACCCACUUAUGCACUCACACCCAUUUGUUACUACUAUUGAUCACAAUGAUUCAUCUUCAAAAACCUCAUUAGUUUAGCUAUAUUGAUGAUAGAACUUGCUCAUAACUAUUGGGUCCUACUUUCUCUUUGACCCAUGCGCUAUCUUCCAACCUCAUCAAUGCUGUAACGCAAACCCUAUCUCUUCUUCUUUUUCACUUGUUUUCGAGUUCUUUGUUUUUUACCCCACAAACACACCAUUGAGUAUUUGACUAUUUGCGCUGAUUUUACCAUAAUACCCUUGGAUCUUUCCAAGUACAAAUGCUCAAUCUUUUUAGUUUAAGCUCUGUACUUAACUGCCACGUGGCGAAUCUCUCUGCACGAAGUGCUUCUAUAUAUAUAGACAUAUCUCUUCGUCGUCUUCAUCUUCAACUACACGAAGCUUAACUUCUCUCACCAAACAGGAUACAUACUCAUAAGAGAAAGGAGAAACUUAACAAGCAUGAGGGUUAUGUCAUGGCUGGAUUCUUCCCGGAGAAGACGAGUACAAAAAUCUCUAAAGCAUUUAGAUUCCGACGAUAGCGCCACGUCAUCGUCGCUCAGCGAAGCCACCGGCUUAAGCAGCCUCCAUAGCAGUCUCUCUCUCCAGACACUCCCUUCUGUUCCAUCUCUUCAGAAAAUCCCCUCCGACACUCACGCCGUCACCGUCUCUCACUCCGUUACCUCCUCGUUCAAACUCCGCGAACGGAGUCUCCCCGUCACUUGUCUCGCCGUCAACGGAGGUUAUCUCUUCGCAGUCUCCGGACACGAAGUCAGCAUCUACGAUCGCGCCAUGUGUGCUCAUCUCGACACUUUCAACGGUCAUGAUCCUUUCUCAGGCUCCGUCAAGUCAGUCGGUUUCUCCGGUGAGAAAAUAUUUACCGCUCAUCAGGACGGUAAAAUCGGAGUUUGGAAAUUAACCGCGAAAAGCGGUUACAAACAGUUAACGACGCUUCCUACUUUAAACGACCGUUUGCGACGUUUCGCUCUCCCUAAAAACUACGUUCAGGUUCGCCGUCACAAGAAACGUCUCUGGAUCGAACACGCUGACGCCGUUACCGCUCUUGCCGUUAAUAACGGCUUCAUUUACUCCGUUUCUUGGGACAAGACACUGAAGAUAUGGAGAGCUUCCGAUCUUCGUUGCAAGGAAUCAGUCAAAGCCCAUGAUGACGCCGUUAACGCCGUCGCCGUCUCUGCUAACGGUACCGUUUAUACUGGAUCCGCGGACAGACGUAUUCGGGUUUGGGCGAAACCCGACGACUCGAAACGACACGAGUUAGUCGCGACAUUAGAAAAACACAAAUCUGCUGUUAACGCUCUGGCAUUAAACGACGACGGAUCGGUUUUGUUCUCCGGUUCGUGUGACCGGUCAAUUUUGGUUUGGGAGAGAGUGGACAGCUCUAACUACAUGGCGGUGAGUGGUGCUUUGAGAGGACACGACAAAGCAAUACUUAGCUUGUUUAACGUGUCUGAUUUGCUCCUAAGUGGAUCUGCUGAUCGGACGGUCAGGAUUUGGCGGCGCGGAACCGACGGUUGUUAUAGUUGCUUGGAGGUGCUUUCCGGUCACACGAAACCGGUUAAGUCGCUUGCAGCAGUUAGAGAUUUGGAGUCAGGCGGCGUCGUUUCAAUCGUUAGUGGAAGUCUUGACGGAGAGGUUAAGUGUUGGAAGGUCUCCGUCUCCAAACCGGAUAAUUCAAUUUACAAGAGUCUUGUCUUGUGAAUAUUUAUCUUAUUUAUUAAUUUGUUUUCCUUUUUCUUUGUCAAAUUAAUUUAUCAUUUGUUUGGCGAAAAACAAAUUUGGCGUUUUUUAACUGUCAUUUUUAUAAAACAAGAGAUUAAUGCACUACGUGACAGAAUGUUUAAAUAUCUGUGUGCAUCUAAGAUUUAUAAAAAGACCAAGGUUGGUAAUAAUGCUUUAAGAAUAAGGUCAUUAAUGGUUUGAUCAAAUAGAUUAAAAUUGAACAAGUUGGCACAUCUGCACAUGUUCCUUCAGGCGCAGGAAUGAAGAUGCUGCCUGUGUCACCUUAAAACCUGGGGAAGUCAAUGGGAUGACGUACUGAGUUUGAUAAAUUUAUGACAUUUUGAUGUAUUAGAUUCUGUGUAAGUUUGUGAUUGGUUGUUAAACUAUCUCUUUAAACUAUAUAUUGGGGUUGCUUAGAUGAAAAAUAAGAUCAUUAUAAUAUUCGCAUGUUAUAAAGUUCAUGAACCUUAAGUGAGAUUUUCAAGACAAAUAGGUUCCACCGAAACAAGAAGUCAGAAGGCGCCCGUGAGAGUGGAUAAGACAAUUUCCUUUUAACACUAGGAUACGAUAUUAUUAUUUUGUAAUCAAGGUUGCUCUAUACUGAAAUCGAUCAUAAUUUUAAGUCUAUAAAAUAUAAAAAUGUACUCGAAAAGUCUAUCCAGUGGGAUACAAAAUCGGGAAGGAUGCUAGUUUAAGCCCUACCCAUAAAUUAUGUGCCUCGCGACAAUUAUAUUUUAUCCCUAGGUGAGCACUGCCGCUCUGGUGGUUCGUCGGGGAAGGUGCCAAUCUUCCCGUCAGAGGACGAUGGAAACAGUGCCGGAAAUUGUUAGUCAACCUGUAACAUUCCGAAUUGUGAUAUAUGGAAAGAUUUAAAAGGAUUGAUUUGACUAUUUAUGUCACCAUUGGUACUCAUAGCAAUUGGUGGAAAGAGUUUCGAUGUCAGAGGUUUUGUUAUGCAGGAUGGAGGUUCCCUUGAUGGUUUCUCUCCGGCUCGGAGUCUUCGGUUUCGUCGCCAUGAGUGUGAGAAGGUAUGUGAUGUCUAGGACCUAGGAGGAGGGUGAGUCUUAGGCAGAUUGCGUCAUUUAAGGUUACAAAGUCGGACCUUAAUCUUUCGGUUCCAGCAUUUUGGGGCCGGCGGGUGACUCUGCGGGUGGUGGUCUGACAGUCAGGCGAAAAAAUAUAUGGUUCUUGGACACACCGGCGCUUUGAGGUCCCAUCGAUCUGAUUUCUUACCACGAGUGUUGUAGGCACAUGGGGGUAACCCACGAAUUGAUAGAUGGUUCGCUGGCUGGUCGAACGUAGAUAUGAUAUAGGAUCUAUAUGAGCCGAUUGAAGGCUGAUCAAGCAAGAUGUACCUAAAACGAAUGCAAAUGGAUUAAAAUGAUUUAAACUAA